AUGUCGAUUUGUGUUGAUCAUAUUUCACAACCUAAUACUCCAGUAUUUUAAAGAAAACUGCAGCCUUACAACAAUUCAUUGACAAUAUACAAUCAUAUCAAUUCAUAUAGACGUCAGAAAGCGAGGUAUUUCUGGAGUCUUUCAGAGCGAGGAUGGAUUCACUAUAGUAAUAGCUCUUCUGGCUGCGUCCGGGCGGCCGUGGUUCCAGUCAGCAUUCCAUGUAGAUCUAAGGCUUUAACUUACCACACAAUCGCUUCUAACUUUUAUUCUCAUUUUGUUUUCAAAAAGUUUCAUUUCACGAUGAGUUCUAAGGGUUCGUGCCCUGGGUUCCAACCACACACCGUAAAACCAACUCGUUGUCGACGGUGUUUUAGGGAUCUUAAUAUGCAUAAGCCUGAAGAAAUGGGAACUCCACAGCCAGAAAACAAAGAAUCACGAACUAUAGGAGAUUCGAGUAAAACUGGAACCUCUCCACAAAAAGACGAUACUUCAGCAAGUAUUACACUUUCUUUGCCACGCAGAAAACGUGAAACAGAAACUACAGAAAGGAUCCAGGCAAGCAAGGAGACUAAACCAAAAGCACCUGCUAAAGAUGAGGUCUCUAAAGGAAAAAAACGUGAAACUGAAACUACAGAAAAAGUCCAGAUCGGAAAAGAGACUAAGCAGAAAGCGCCCGCUAAUGAAGAAGUUUCCAAAGGCUCGGACAAUAGCGCCAGCCGAAGAACUAAGAAAAAUCCCAACAUUAAAACAAAAGAACGAACAGAGCCAGACGGUGCAUCUGUCAAGUCUAAUGAAUCCACCAGCGACUCUUCUGGUUCGGAAAGCAGUAAGGCCAGAAGAAUAAAAAUAUUAGCUGCGAAAGAAAUCGACAAAUUCCUUCCAUCGAGUGGAGAAAGUUUUGAUGAAGAUACCUCUCCAGAUGUAGCGUUCAUCCUCCGAGUAAAGACAUCCACCAAUGCUGCUAAAGACCUGGAUCUGGAAAGUGUUGCAGCUACGGAAUGUACUGAAUUUACUGAGACUACUGAAACCACUUUAACCUUCCAAGAAACCAUUGAAGAUCUGCAAGCAAUGGUUUCAGCACUUAAAAAACAGUUGGAGACCUCGGAAGAAAAAUGUGAAAAACUAGAGAAAGAAAAGAAAGAAAUUAUGCAGCGACGUUUGAUGUCUGAAGGAGACAAUACGGCUCUUGAGAAAACGGCAUCAGAAAUUUUAAAGCUACGAUCAAAGGUGCACGAGGUGGAAGCCUUGAACGAAGAGCUGACAGACGACAAAAAGGUUUUAAAACUGGAGUUGAAAGAACUUCAGCAGGAACUGGACAAGCGUCAGAGUCCUCAGCAGUUGCACGACACUAUCAAGGGCCUCCAAACCAAGCUCCACCAGGCGGAGGGAACGUGUGAGGAGGUAACUGAAGAGAAUGAGGAGCUAAAGAAAGAGAUUCGAGACCUGGAAGAAGAGCUAGAGGAGCUACACGACAGCUUUAGAGAAGAACAAGCAUCAGAAUUUCAAGAUCUUAAAAAAGAUUUAGAGAACCAAACCAAGAACUGUAGAGUUCUUCAGUUUAAGCUGCGAAAAACUGAGAAAAAGUGUGAACGACAGGAAAUAGAAAGAAUUCAGCUAGAAGAAAAACUAAAGGAUUUACAAGCCACGAGUAAAAUUGAUGUAGAUCAGUCUAGAAUGAAAGAAUUGGAGUCACAGUUGUACGUGGCUAAAGAAAUCGCUGUAAAGAUGAAGGAUGAACUCCAAGUUAUGAAGGAGACCAACAAGAAACUUGAAGGAGAAAACGAAUCUCUUCUAAAGCAAAUGUUAGGAAAAAAAGAGGAACUUAGCAGCACUCAACAAACAAAAUUUUUAAGGUCCCACGAGUCAUCGAUGGGAAAGGACUAUGAAAGUAUUCUUCGAGACUUAUAUGAUACAAUGGAACGAGAAACCGAUCUUCGAGAGCAGCUGCGUUACGCAGAGGACGAGACAAGGAAUUUGCGGAAGAAGCUCUCCACGAUGGAACAAGAGAAUGACACCUUGAUCCUGCAGUUGAGGAAAAUGAGCGGAAGAGAACGUUCAGAGAAAGACGAUGAGGAAGUGACUGUAGAAGAACUGAGUUUACAGCUGGAGCUCAGCGAGCAGGAGAUCGCUGUCUUGAGGAAAAAGGUAGACGAUUUGGAACAGCAAAAUGAAAACUUCCAAACAGAAGUGAAGUACUUAGAAGAGAAGCUUGUCUCGAAGCCUACCAUCGAAGUCCCAGAGAAUAUUGACUUUAGUCCCGACUCUUUCCAGGAACAGAAACUUAAACUGUUAGAUUACGAAGCGAAGGAGUUGAGACGAAAGCUCAUAGAGAAGGAAAAAGAAAACGAAAAAUUAAGGACGGAAGUGGAGGUGCACAGAAGGAAGGCAUCAAAGGUAAUGGUGAGAAGCAGAUCCCUUGAUAGCGAUGUCCAGGUUGACUUAAAAAGGCAACUUCAUUUGGUUGAACAGGAAGCUGGAAUACUUCGCCAGAAAACGAUGGAAUUGGAGACAGAGAAUGAUAAUAUCUUAGCAGAAAAUAAGAGACUCCAACUUCGGGUCAGCAGGAAGCCUCCUCCAGGGCCUGCCGACCAACUCCAGUUGGCAAAUAUGGAGCUGCGAGACAAGGUACAAGAGUUAGAGAAGAAAGUGUCGAGUCUAAAGGAAGAAUUGGAGAAGACAACUGGAUCUGUUACCACGCCAGCUACUGUCAUCCAAGAUUAUCGACCUCGCAGGGAAUCCCUAACUGACACCGAAAGCGAUCUCAUUGCGUCUUUAAAAAAACAAAUCAAAAACAAGGAAGAUGAAAUUAGUUGUAUGCAAACUAAAAUUCUACAGUUGGAAAUUCAAAAUACCAAAGUGUGUAGAGACUACAAAAAGCUUAAGGAUAUCUUGAACUACAAGAAAAAAGCUCCAAGGCUAGUGCGAGAAACAGCCACCAGAUUGGAGCUAAAGGAAAUCAUCCGUGACUUAGAAGAUGAAAUAAGUGAGCUUCAAGUCACUCUAAGAGGUGUAGAAACGGUACACGAAACAUCGCUGGAAGAAAUGGAAAAGAUGAAACGGGAGUUAGAAAUAGCUCACAAGGAUCUGAAGCAGAAAGAAGAAAAUAUUGACACGGAGUUGUGUGAACAGAAUGAGAAGAUGGAGGCAUUAGAAAAGCAGGCCGAAAAAGAAAGAAAAAAGGCUAAAAGUCUCCAGGAUCAACUUGAGAGUCUUGCUAAAGAGCAGCAAACAGACCUAGUACUAAUGGAGAAGGUGAGAACGUUACAACUAGAAAAGGAAAACCUCGACAAGAAAAUAGCUACGCUAGAGCAAAAGAAUAAGGAUGAAAGAAAAUCCUAUCAAGAACUGCAAAAUAAAUUUGAGGAAACGACAGAACUGAGAGAGGAAUUGGAGGAGAAAGUGGAAGAAUUAAAAGCGGAACAACAGAAUGUGGAGAAGGAGGCCGAACGACAAAAGACUUUAAUGAAUCAAGCGCAGGAACAGAUUCGGCAGCUGAAUGCGAAGGUUGAGAAAUCAGAAGUUGAUUUAUCCUCCUUGAAGAAGCAAUGCCAUGACUUGAAAAACGAGCUCGAACAAGAAAGAACUAAGUACCAGCAGACUGACAAUCGCCAAACCGAAAUGGCUGUUGGUUGGCUGAAAGAGCGAGGCGACCUCAAGCGACUGUUAAACGAACUACGCAUAAAACAUGACGCUUUGAAACAUAAAAUGGAGACUCAAGAAGCCCAGUAUAACGAAAGGGAAACCAAACUUAAAGAGCAACAUAAGGAGAACCUGGAAAAAGCAGUAAGAGAAGCAGAGCAAGAAAUGAAAGCCCAGUUAGAUACAGCGAAUAAAGAAGAAGCAGUAAUGAAAGCUAAGAUAACUGAAGUAACGGAAAAACUAGAAAAGAGAGAGAAAGACCUGAAAGAGAUCACGGAAAAACAUCGUCACCUCGUGACCACCCAUCGGAAGGAAAGAGAAGAAUGGGAGGCCCGAGAAGAAGAGAUGGAGAACCAUCUGAGAACCGAAUUCAAGAAACGUGAGAGGAUUGAAAAGGAGCAUGACCAGGAGCUUCGACACAAGGAUGAGGAGCUCCUCGCGUCAAGAGAUAAAAUCGUGCAGUUGGAACGGGACCAGAGGAAGGCGGCCAGCCGAGUAGAACAGCUCCAACAAGAGCAUGAGGAAAAGGUAAAACAGAUGGAGCGGGAGUUUGCGCGCGAGCGUCAGGAGUACGAAGAGCUUACAAACAAGUACGAACAGUUAGAAGGAGACCACGUGAAAAUGAAGGCUAGGCUAGUAAUGGAAAAGGAGCAGGUAGAAGCAAACUUAAAAUCACUUAAGAGAGAUCACGAACAAACCUGUUCGGAAUUGAAAGCUCUUAGAGAGACCUACAACGUCCGUCAGGAUACGUGGAUCAAAGAAAAACUUGACUUCCAGGACCGCAUGAAAGAAAUGGAGAAUAAGGUCACACGAAUGAGCAACGUUGAGCAGGAAAGGCUGAACUUAAAGGGGUCAUUAGAAGAGCGCGAUAGUCUAAUCGAAUCUUACAAGCGAGAAGAGAAACAUUUGAAGGAAGAAAGGGACAAGAUGCGCCGAAAGAUAGAAGAUCUUUCCAGGAAAGUUGUCGAGUUGGAACGUGCUGAAAGAACGUCUCGUACAAUAUCCAUUACUGGCCGCCAGGAAAUGUAUGGUCUGCGAACCCAAUUGGAGCAUUCGGAGCAUGUGCAGAAAGCCAACCUGGGGGCGUUGCGAGCAGACUAUGAAGACCGUAUUGUAAUGAUGGGCGGCGAGAUUGAAAAAAUGGGAAAAGAAAUCAUGAACUUGACCAAAGAAAGGGACCAUUACCGAGAGAAACUAGCGCAGGCCGAGAAAUCGUUAGGAGAAUUAAAAAGCGACUCCAUGCGGCGUGAGAGGAGCAAGCUAAUAUUUGAGAUCGAAUCAAUUCGGCGGUCAUCAGAAGAGUUAAAGCGUAAAUUACUGGAUACAGAGCAGAAACUGGAGCAGGCCAACAUGGAAAACAGAAAUUUGAAAGUCCAAUAUGAAGCAGAUAAGAGCCAAUGGCAAGUUCUCGCUUCUGACUUGAAGUCCAAGCUAAACCAGGUUGAAGAAAAGAAUAUUCUUGAAGGCAGUCGUGGAGGUACUAAAACUUAUGCUCGAACCCGGCUACAAUUGGUUUGGGAGAAAGAGAGGAACGAACAGCAGCAUCUCCUGGCGGACACUCAGCACUUAGUGAACGAACUCCGUGACAGAUUAAUACACUUUGAACAGGAAAGAGACAAUGAGAAACAGGAUUUCAGAAAACAGAUAGAGAGUUUGAAGUCAGCUUAUGAACGGGAGCAUCUUGAAAAUCAACGGAAAGUUGCAGAGCUCCAGGCUGAUCUGGUUGAACUCAGAGAUUCGAACGUUAAAUUUAGAGCAGCUAGCGCAAAACUUUACAACGACAAACAACUUUUGGAGAGUGAAAGAGGAGAAUGGCGUAGGAAAUUUGCUGUUGUUCAGAAUAUCCAAAGCAAGGUUUCUAACCUAUUGAAGGAAGUUGAAAAUUUGAACAACAUGUUAGACAAGGAAGAAAAACCUACAGAAGCUAUUAUUGAAGACGUCAGGAAAACCUUAGACAAGAUGAAACAGUUUGGAGAAGAGGUCCGUCAGGCUUCUACUUCUUUUCCCGAAGAGGAUAAGGUGAAAAGAACAAUGUCUUUCCGAAGGGCGAUUUCAGCUUCUGAGUUCGACAAGUUAUCUCUGCAAGGAUCUCCAGCUCCUAGCAGUAGGUGGCGGAAUCCACAGAAAGUCUCCGACCACCCUGGUGCUCCACCCAAUAUACUUCUUCGAGCUCCUCCUAGACAAAAAUCUCUAAAUAGGAAAAGUUUGUCCUUGGAUCAAACUUUAAGUUCCUGGGAUUCUCGAAAAAUAUGGCAGUCUGGGGAAGAGAGUAAUGUUACUACACCCUCUGGUAGUCAGCUGAGUCUGAGGCUAUCCCAAAGCCGAAGUAUCGACUAUGAAACCGAUUCUUCUCUUGGAGAGACCAGCAUAGAUUCAAAGAGUCUGACCCUACCUCGACUUUCUCUAAACAAACAACCUUCAGUUUCCUCCUCCAGAGAAGGAAGUACUACUGGCAGCGUCGAGCCAUCGCCGGGUAUUAAGCCAAAAAAAGGACUAAAGGAAAAGUUGAAGAAACUCACUAGGUCCAAGAGUAUCGAACACACUAACACGACCGAGUCCGUGGCCCAUGCUGAACUCGGCUCCGAGGUUCAACCUGAAAAACAAGAAAAGGAGAAGAGUCUGCGGUCGAGAAUAUCCAAAGUGCUGAAGAAACCACUCAGCAGGUCCAGUAGUAUUGACCGCUCACAAUCAGAUCGUGAGACAUCCAAGGAUCUUGUCCCGGAACGGGUUCAGAAGCUAGAAAGCGAAAGCACCCACAAGAAAAGUACACAAACUUUAUCAGCCAGAGGCAGUUCAGCAAGUAGGUUUUCAGAAAAAAAUAUGCGUUCUAAGUCAAUUGAUAACGCACCACCUAUAGAAGUAGAUUCAGACAAGAAGCAGAUUCCAACUCCACAAACUCGUAGCCGUUUGUCUAAACAGUCUUCCUUGUCGGACGCAGAGGACCGAAGCAGACUCUCGAAGCAGCCAUCAUUUUCAGAAACAGCUGUGUAGACGGAGUGUCACCGAUUUGGUCAUCCAGAGUCAUAGAUUCGGACAUCUAAAGAUCCUGGUUUGGACAUACAAGAAAUCCAAAGGAAGUAUUCGGAGAGAAAACAGCCCACAACAGGUGAAUCCGUGGGCAGUUAUAUCAGAUUUUGUUCAAAAUUUCUGCCAACAGAAUUGUCAAACAAACUUUAUUGUACAAUCUGUUUGGGUUACCGACAGAAUUGUUAAACAAACUUUAUUGUACAAUCUGUUUGGGUUGCCUAAACAAACUAUAUUUUACGAUCUGUUUGGGUUGCCGACUGAAUUAUUAAACAACCAUUGUUUUACGAACUGAUUGGGCUCCCUACAGAAUAUACAAACUUUAUAGUGCGAUCUGUUUAGGUUCCUGACAGAGUUGUAAAAUAAACUUUGUAGUACGAACUGUUUGGGCUGCCUAUAGAAUUGUUAAAUAUACCUUGCUGUUCGAACUGUUUGGGUUGCCUACAGAAUAUACAAACUUUGUAGUACGAUCUGUUUGGGUUUCCACCAAUCUUGAAUAAUGAUAAUUAGUUUUGUUCCAAGAACUGUAUGUUAAAACCAAAUAUAAUCCAUCAAAUUUAUUUAUCUUCUUUAUAAAUUUAAUCUCCAUAUUUCAGACUUAAAGCAACUAACAUAGCAACCAACUUCUGUAUAUGAUCCAGUUGUACCUUAAACUAGAAGAACAUCCUAUUUAAUAAAACGUUCUCGAUUCAUCACGUAUUCAAAACGAUCUUUAUUUCUAGCCUUUCCAUCCUCUAUUCCAAAACUUAUGUACUUGUACUUAUGUGUUAGUAAGUCUUUAAUGUUUGCUAUAAAAUUGGCAGCACUUAUAUAUUUUUAAUUUUACUCUUUUAAAGCUGAAACCUUUUAUCUGAUACAUUUAUGUUGGCCAAUCCUUACUUUUAUUAUAAAAUUGCGAGACUUUUAUGUGUUGGCCAAUCCUUACUUUUAUUAUAAAAAUCAGUAGUCUUUUACCUGCGUGCUGUCAAUAUUUGGUGUCAUACGUAAAGUUUUUUGUUUUUUUUCCUGUGAAGGAAAACUAAUAAUGGCAUUUACCAAAUAUCGGUAUUAGAAUUAGUAUUCAAUUCAUGGAAAUAUAUGGAACAAAUAUUUUUUGACUCCAAGUUCAGGCGAAUGAGGUCAAAACAUUUGCAUGUUUUACAGAUAGGGUACUGCUCUAUACAAUCCGAUUUUUGCAAAUAUAACGAUUAAAAAAUGUAAGUUCAACAUUUUAUAUUACUCUUCCUAUAAGAAAUAUUCAUUACAUUAUUUAUCUUUUUUAAGUAUUAUGUUUAAAAAAUAUAAUAAAGCCAAAAAGAUAAAAAAAAACGCAGAAUUUCCUCAACAUUUAACAUGAUGCAAAAUCCACAGUUAUGAAUUCUCGAACAGGGUUUUAACAUAAACGCAUCUUCAUAUUGUGCUCAUGAGAAAUCAAAAUAUGUAAAGUAUACAAAUUGAGGGGGUGUUGAAGUAUGGGGGUCAAAAGUAAAGAAUCCUACGUGAGAACAAAAGGAUGUAGUAUGAGGGAUGAUCUAAGAAAUGUUUUUGUUUUAUUCUUAUCUUGUUGUGUAAGAAAAAUACGUCUCGAAUCACCAUAAAUAUGGUGCACUACUAUAUGCAGCCAAAUAUACUUACGAUUUGCCCUUGCCAAGAUUACAACCAAGGAAUGGAAUUCCCCAAAGCCAGUGGCAAGUGGUAAAUUGAAUGAUAGAAUAGGGGUCACAUUUUUUAAUAUUGAUAUUAACUCCAGAUCAAAGAAAGUUACCUAUUUAAGGAGGAACUACAAAUCAGCUUGGUAAUGAGUAUACGUUCUUAGUUAUAAAGAUUAUAAUGUGUUGUUUCAUCAAUUGGUUACAUUUUCGGUCGUAGUCCCAAUGGCUUUUCACGAGAUUCGACUUGCUUAGAAGAUUUAAGUUAUUUUAAAUACACAUAUAUAUUAAGUUAACAUUGCGAAACAAACUCCAUAAUAAAAGUAUAGUAAUGAAAUUAACCAGUAAUAAAAUUUAGAUACAUUAAACAUUCUAACCAAUACUGUUAAUGAAAGUAAUAAUAAAGAAAUAAUAGAGUAUUUGUUACUUUCUAUAAACAGUAGCGCCUUCUGUGGACGAAAUGUAAACGUCCGCCAUUUUUUUCACUUGACCCCAUUGACCUAAAUUAGUGUCAAAAAAUUUAUUUUUUAAUUUUUUUUCAAUAAGAUACUACCGAAUGAUAUCUCUGAUACUGACUAAUAUUAUCAGUUCUCGUUUGUAGGCCUUAAAUCAGGUACCGUGAGUCUUCAGGUUAAUAUUUCCUUAUAAACAUUUGCGAGGUGUUUAUAUACAGUGCAAUACUCGCCUUUAUAUUAUAUACAAUUGACAAUAUUACAUCUUUACCACGCAUGUUCAGGUUAAUAUUUCCUUACCGGGUGUCCAUAUGCACCGACUUAUUGACAUUUAAUAUUGAAAAUGUACAACAUUUAACUAAUCCCCAUUUGCAGGGCAAUAUACCUGACCCCCAUGUAUAGGGUAGUAAGGUACGUGAGCCCCAUUUGCAGGGCAAUAUACCUGAUCUACGUGUGCAUGGUAAUAUAUAUAAUAUCCAUGCGCAUGGCAGCAUAUCUGAUCCCAUUCUACAGACUAAUAUACCUCAUCCACAUGUGCAAAACAAUACAUCUGGUAUGUACGUGCAGGGCAAUAUGUGCUUUUAUAAAAGAAACCAUCUUUUACCCGAUAUCAAAGAAAACGUAAUAUAUUUCUUAUUAUCGCUAGUAACAACUCACCUUGCACGUGUCGAGCACUAGAUUCACUUUUAGUGUUAGGUGUUGAAAAUUCACGUGAAUUUAUUUUUGUUUGUUAAGUGAUCUUAUCCUGUUGUUUUGUUUCCAACAAAUAUCGUGUUUGUUGUUUUUUAAACUCCAUGUGUAGAAGUGUAAAAUAUAUUAGCUGUUUUUCCCCCUAAAUAAAGUUUAUUUGCAGCUAAUAGUGUUU